CGCGUUGACGUCACAGACAUGCGGCGCGGCCAUGUCCACGAAGCAGGAGCAGGAUCCUGCAGGACUACUAUCGGUCAUUUCUGAGCUUUCAGGCUGAAGUUACAGCUGUUAUUAGAUUGUGACCCCCCUCACUGACUGUCACAUGUUCACUCGCGUUAAUGUGUAACUCCUGCAUGAAGUGAAAACACGACUUAGAUGUUGAAAUCACUCACAUCAGAGCGGUACAGAACACACUGCAGGGAAGUGAGUUGUUGAAUCCACAUAAUUUAAAGUCAGAGUUCAGGUGAGCACAUAGACUGUGUCAAAGUAUGGCAGCACUGCGAGCAGCGAAGCAGGCUCUGAGGAAGGACAUCAAGCGGCGGGUCGCUGCGCUGAGUGAGGAGGAGAAACUCCGGCAGUCUCUGGUUGUUUCACAGAAGUUGUUCAAACACCCUAAGUAUGUGUCCUGUCAGCGGAUUGCAGUUUUUCUCAGCAUGCACGAUGAAGUGCGCACCGAGGAAAUCAUCAAAGAUGUGUUUAAAUGGGGCAAAAGCUGCUUCAUUCCCAGAUAUGAGAGCAGCAGCAAUCACAUGGACAUGCUGCAGCUCAGGAGUGUGGAUGACAUGAAGACGCUGCCUCUGACAUCCUGGAACAUCCAACAGCCUGCAUACGAAGACCACAGCAGGGAGGAGGCUCUGUCUGCAGGGGGUGUGGACCUCAUUCUUAUGCCUGGUCUGGGUUUUGACCGGUCUGGGAAUCGUCUGGGACGAGGCAAGGGUUUUUACGACACGUACCUGGAGCGCUGCAUCAAACACCCUAAAGGAAAGCCCUUCACCAUCGCCCUGGCCUUCAAAGAGCAGCUGUGUCCGGAGAUCCCUGUGGACGCCAACGACGUGCUCAUAGACGAGAUCCUGCAUGAGGAACAGGAGUAGCUCUUCAUCAUCAGAGGUGGUCCAUGAACUCAAAUCUACCUUUACUGUGUUUACCUGCCAAAGUCAGCAAAUGUUUAACCUGACCUCGACACUAACAGACUGCCUCACAGUUACAGAUAUUUUGAUCUGAUAUAGCAGAAAGAACUCAGGUGGAUCUACUAAUACCAAAGGUGUGUUAAGACCAAAAGAGCAUGGUGUGAUUAAAUGCAGGACACCUGUCCUGCCCAUACAUGAGGUCAUGUCAUUUGCGUUUGAGUUAAUGUUUUACAACUUAACUCAAAAUUUGAAUCGAUGAUUAACCCAGCCUCCGUUCACUAAACAAAUGCGUGCUUAUCUCUUCUUAUCUAGAGACUUCUAAAAAACAUGAAUUCACUUUAUUUCUGAAGCUGGAUCAUGUUAUUUUUCAGCAUCCUUUCAGCCUGUUUGUCAUUAAAUUACAGUGACAUCUCUUUAUUAGCAUUAAAAUUCAGUGACACCUGUUUACUGUCAUUAAAUCAAGUAUGAGUAAAGCUACAAAUUCAAUGCUUGAAGUAUUAUUUUUCAUUAAAGGUGCUUUAAUCAGGGUUUUUUUUUCUUCUUUUGUCAUGCUGAUAUACAAUCAGCUGAGAACAGGCAGGCUUUUUGCUAAAUAGUUUUAAUUAACCUUUUGGAAUCUGAUGAGUGGCAGUCCCCCUGUCACCUCCGUAGAACAGAUUUCAAGUUCUAAAUGUAUAUGACAUAAUGUUAUUUACAGGCUGCAAGCAUGAAGAAAAGGCUUUGAGUUGCUAGAAUCCCGCACACUGUCCAAACAAGUUUGCCUGAUGAAGGCCUAGGCCACUUUUCCACAUAAACGUCUGAUAAUCAUCUCAAAUAAUAAAAAUCUGACAAACCCUACGGUAAAAUAAACCUUUGUAAGAAGUUUAACUCGUGAUCAUAUGAUCAACUUAUUAUUUGACAGAGAGAUUCAUAACUGUUCAGAGGAGCACUGUUCCUAAGAAACUGUAAACCUCUGCCAUCUUGUGGCCAAAGUGAAAAGAUGUAGCUGGUCAGCUGAACGUGUUGUUGAAGGAAGUUUUUUUUUUAUCUUUAACUCUGUGUAAACAUCUGCACCUCCAUCAUCAGAGCAGCACUGUGAGCAAAUACAGACACAGACACAUCAGGGAUAAAGGCUGCUUGCUAGUCAACUUUAACCUAAGCCCUCUCUCAAGUUGGCAGGUUCUCCUGACUAUGCUCAUGACCAGUGACUUGUAACUCAUACAACCUCAUUUCAAAAAAACUGAAAUAUCCCUUUAAAAUAACUGAUGGCUCAGAUGUGCAAGAAUAAAACUCAGGGUUAUCAAA